AUGGUCCAUCCACCACAAUGGCGGAGAAUCUACCACCAAACUUUGACUCUCACUUAUAAGAACCUCCUGGUUUUCUACAAGUCACCUAUUGUUACCCUCCUUAGGGCCUUGAUACUGCCGGUCGCUCUCACGCUCAUUUUCUGCCUUCUGAAGAACAUCAAGAAUCCCAACGACGACGACCACUAUGGCAUUUCCCAAGAUGGAGCAUUGGUUAUGGACCUUCCUGUGGCCAUCUCAAAUGCCCCUUCCCAGCGACUGGUUUUCGCUUUGAACGGUAUUAGGAACAAUGAAUUGAAUGAUUCAGUCAAGUCGAUUAUGGCGGAUCCCAAAAUGAAGGGGUUUGACACACAAUUAGUCGAUGACCCAGAGAUGUUGUUCGAUGUCUGCAAACAGUCUAUUUACGGCUCAAGUGACUGUUUCGCAUCUGUUAUAUUCACCGCGUUCGAUGAAGCCCGGGCAGAAUACAUAAUUGCGAUGGACGACGAUGCAGUGCGAAAUACUCCUUUCAACUACCGAACCCAGCAAUCCAUUUUCACAGAGCGCCUGCUCCCACUCCAGUGGGCAAUCGAUUCUCAUAUCGGCAAUUUUGCCUCCCAGCAGAAGCCCAUAGUGAAGACGUGGGGCGGAUACUUUUCCAUUCCAGAUAUAGCAAUGGCUCCUCGAGAACAAAACUACUGGUUGUCACUCGUCUCCAUCUUCGUCGCUCCUCUUUUCACUUUCAUACUUCUGUGCCUCACACACCAUGUGAGCACCUUUGUGGCCGGGGAGAAGCAGAGCGCCGUGACAGAGUUGAUGACAGCUCAGGGAGUCAGCUUGACUCCGCGCAUUCUAUCAUAUCUUAUCUCAUUUUGUAUCCUUUAUUGCCCUGGAAUGAUAGUUAGCUCAAUACUGCUAGGAGAAAUUCUUUUCCCUGUGACGCCCACCGGUUUGAUAUUCAUCCUCACGCUCUUUGCAACCAUCUCGUUCGUUACCUUCUCGAAUUUCAUCGGCCUAAUGUUCACCAAAGCGCACCUAGCUGGACUCUGCACCUCGGUACUUGCAUUUUCGGUGGGUAUAGUAACCAUUGAGCAAACAAUGAGAGAGACUCGAAGCCCGGGCCUCAUGACAGCUUUAUCUCUGAUCUUUCCUCCCUAUGCUUGGGCCACGCUUAUCAGGGACGUUGCUGCUGCAGAGUCUAUGAAGCAAAGCUUUCCAGAUGAGCGAGUCAGAGAGUCACAACAGGGGGUACAGGGGAAUCUUUUUUUUGUUUUCUUUAUCUUUCAUAUAUUUUUCUAUAUCGCUGGCACUUUUGCGGUCGAGUAUUUUCUGUGGAGAAUCCCGAAUGAACGGGAGUGGAUUGCAAACUCAGACGAGGUUGCCCUCCGAGUGGGAAGUCUCUCCAAAACAUACAAAGGGGAUAAGAAGGCUGUGAAAAGCCUAGACUUUGAGGUGCGGAAGGGUUCCGUUACCUUUCUGCUUGGUCCAAAUGGAAGCGGAAAAACGACUGCGUUGAAGUGCAUCUCUGGCAUGACGAAGGUGGACUCAGGGUCAAGCAUCCAGUUUAGCCAGGACGGCUAUUCGUUUGGAUUGUGUCCGCAGAACAAUGUACUUUGGGAUGCACUCACUGUCAAUGAGCAUAUAAGUAUCUGGAAACGGUUGAAAACUGCUGGCAAUCCCGUGUCUGUCGUGAAAGAAGAGGAUGUGAUUGCGGAAUGUGAUUUAGCCGGCAAAGCUCACUCAGCGGCAGGCACAUUGAGUGGAGGCCAGAAGCGAAGGCUACAGCUUGCAAUUGGCUUCUGUGGAGGUUCAAAAGUCUGCUGCAUUGAUGAAGCUUCUAGUGGGUUGGACCCAUUAUCACGCCGUAAUAUAUGGAACAUCAUUCAACAAGGGCGUCAGCACCGAACGGCUAUCUUGACCACUCACUUCUUAGAUGAGGCAGAUGUACUUGCAGACCACAUCGUGAUUAUGUGCCAGGGGCGGCUCGUCUGUCAAGGUACUAGUAUAGCCCUUAAGACGCAGUAUGGGGAUAGCUAUCGUAUUAGCGUCAAUGCUGGAGCACAGGACGAUAGAGGAAUAACAUGGAAAGCUGCUACCUCGACCGAGGCAACAAAAAAGGUGAUUGAGCUGGAACAGCAAGGCACCGACAGUGCUUGUAAUAUCACAUUCCCCACUCUGGAGCAAGUCUUUUUGAGAACCACAUCCCAAUUCAACACAACCGUCCAAGAAAAUGGCGGAGAUGGUAUUGUCGGUGAAGGAAACACCGGUGCAACCGAUCCACCCACUGUUAUCGAAAAGGAUGAGGCUGUCGAAGCUGAACACCAGGGUGGCCUGGACCUCGAUGUUGGAAGGUCGAUCGGCGUUCUAAGACAAAUAGUUGUCUUGUUCAGGAAGCGCUACCUGCUUCUCCGUCAGAGAUCUGGUUGGUUCGUUUACGGGAUCAACCUUCUUACUCCGAUUGUUGUGGCUGCUGCCCUGAGCAAGUUUCUCUACUCUUGGAAGCCUCUUCCAACGUGUGAAGGAAACUUUCAGCGUUUUAUGAACCCCAAAGGCAUUGAAAUACUUCCAAUAGAAAACCAACGGCUACCGCCCUUCUCGGGCCACCCUGGCGCAAUAUUGGGACCUGGCAAGGAGUUCCAAGGACCUGUACAGGACGAGCUAUUUGCUGCUAGUCUAGCUUGGGUUUACGAGUCAAAUACACAGAAUCCAGUGGAAAUGGCUGCCCUGGCUGUGGGCAAUAGAAAAUUCGUACCGGCCCAGAACAGCUUUGCGGAUGCCAUGAAUAACUCACAGGGGCUUGCUGGCUUCGGCCUUUACGCGCCCACACCCGAGAACUCCAUUUUCUUCCACGAUGUGACGCCUGAUUUAUCAGGUUCUCGUCUUUCAGCGUUUAGUUUACUCACGAAUCGGAUCGCCAACUCAACAGCUACCCAGAAAGCACGACAUCUAUCGACAAGGAUGAGGCUGAUGCGCCAUGUAGAGUCCCACCAUGAUUGGAGAAACCUUCCGAUCUCAAUGCUGUUAGUUAUUGCUUUAGUAGGGGCUGUCUCUACAGCGUCUAUCUAUCCAGUGUACGAGCGCAUCUCCAACGUCCGGGCAUUGCAGUACAGCAACGGCGUGUCGCCAUUCGCCCUGUGGGUCGCAUAUUUGCUUUUUGACACACAAUUUAUCUUCGUGGAAGGCCUUAUCGUAUGGGGAACCCUCUUCGUCAACCCCGUAAACAGUAUCUGGUAUCGACCAGACUGCAUAUUCGGUGCCGUUAUCUUGUUCGGCAUUGCAUCCUAUCUCGGCACAUACCUCAUGUCGAGCCUAUUUCGCCGGGCUGGAUUCGCAUUGGCCUUCGGUGCACAUGCACUGCUACUAUUUCUGUAUUUUAUAGCAUACGUACUCAACCAAUUCUUCACCGACGCGGAUUCCCGCCAUGAUGCGUACAACCAAAUCCACAACAGCCUCGGCCUAAUUGCCCCAGCUGCAAAUCUAGCCCGUGCUUUAUUCCUAGGAAUGAAUACUUUCGACGUCCUCUGCGGGAAAUACGGUGACGCGGAUACCUCGAAUCCAUACGCAUAUGUGCGCUAUGGAGGAGUGUAUGCAAACUUCGUAUACCAGAUCAUCUUCCUGGCAAUCGCAUUGGGGGCCUACGAGUAUGGUAGUGCCGAAUGGUUCCGCCAGCUUUUCUGGUGGCGACGAGCGCGUAUCCCAUCAUCUAACGAUGGCGACGAUAUCCCCGGAGCCUACGAUAUGGGCGAUAGUAUUUUGCUCGUCCCCCCCAAGACGGCUACAGCGACCGCCACUCCAGCAAACAAGGGUUCUGCCCCGAUCCUGCAGGUGGAUGGGGUAAGCAAGCUAUUUGGGCGGUCUUACGCUGCCCAGAAUGUUACGCUGUCUAUCUCGGCCAACGAGACACUGGCGCUGCUGGGUGGGAACGGUGCCGGAAAGACAACGGUUAUCAACAUGAUCCGUGGCGAAAUGAAGCCUGAUGCUGGGGAUAUAUAUGUAGAUGGGAUCUCUGUCCUUCGACAAACCCGGAACGCAAGGCUACAUAUUGGGGUAUGUCCGCAGGACGACGCGGUAGAUAAUCUAACUGUGCGCCAAACCCUCGAGUUCUACGCGGCUGUGAAGGGAUUGAAGAGGAUAAGAGAAAACGUGGACCAGGUGAUGACUGCGCUUGAUAUUUUGCGAUUCGGAGAUGUGCGGGCCCGUGCACUGAGCGGAGGAACAAGAAGGAAGCUGACUGUGGCUAUCGCGUUGCUUGGAAACCCUCCGCUGCUACUCCUGGACGAACCCUCGACAAGCCAAGACGCAGGCGCGAAGCGGAACCUGUGGCGUGCAUUGAAACGAGUCCGUGCAAAUAGGGCCAUCUUGCUGACCACGCAUAGUAUGGAGGAGGCGGAAGCUCUCGCUUCGAAUGUAGCAAUAAUGCGAACGAAGCUCUUGGCUUCUGGGACCUUGAUAUCCCUCAAUGAAACGUAUGGCGGUGCAUAUCGACUGAGAGGUGCUCGCUGUACCACCGUGGGUAGUGAUACGGCCCGGGCAGAGGUUAGGAAGGUCUUUGCCCAAUUGGGGCUGCAUGCGAUGAACUAUGCGGAUAUGAAUGGUAUCGUGCAGUUCUUUAUCAAGUACGAUAGGCGGUAUCUGGGCCGGAUUUUGUAUGCAAUGGAAGAAAUGAAGGUUGGUAAUAUCUCAGGAGGGUCAGAAAGUACUGGGGAUGUUGGACUAGCGACGAGUACGUCGGAGAAUCGGGGACAGGCAAAGAUCUUCGAGGAUUAUACGUUGACGGAACCGACACUGGAAGAGCUGUUCAUGAAUGUUGUGACGGGAUACUGA